AUGCGUAGGGAAAAGGUUCAUGGAGUCUAUACAAAUCAAACUGUGAAGCAUUGUGGAACUUGCUGCAACGACGGAGGAUAUUAUGGGGGAAAACCAUACAAAAAGGGUUUUGGAAAAGUAACAAAUGGGGUUCCUGAAAUCACUUACAAUAUAAAACAACAUAAAGCAAUAACCUCUUCAAAGAAGUAUAAUUGUCGAAGAUGAACACCAGUGAUGUAUACUCCAAAAGAAAAAAGAAUAAAAAAGGUUUUUAGAGAAGAUUCAAUCAGGUAUAAGUUCGAGCAUAACUUCGAAGUCAUUGAAACAGCUUUAAUUAUAAUUGGUAAUUAA